AUGGAAGUUCCCUCCCCCUCACCCGGAGUCGGAGACUUUGGAGGAAAAGCAGAAAUAUUGCCUCAUUCCGUAUACAAAAUGCACGAGCAAAAUAACCUUUUCCUUCCGAUAUUUUGGGGAAUCUUUGCCUCCCUCGUCGUCAUUUUCUUCCUGUUGGUCCAUUAUUUCCACUGUCGUCGCCGUCAAGCCAACCACAACCGAGUGGAGGAGGUAGAAAUGCAACAGGCGGUUAAUGGUGCCGUUGAUCCUGAUUUACUGUCGAAGGUCAUUUACCACCCUGGCGGCUCCGAUAUACCCUUCCAACAGGACACGUGUACGUUGUGCCUGUGCAACUAUGAUGACGGGGACGAGCUUACUUUGCUUAGCUCUUGCGGCCAUGCCUACCACAACGGGUGCAUAGCAGAGCACUUUUCCAGGAACACAACAUGUCCCGUUUGCCGUAAGUCUGUCUCACUUGUACUUGUGGGGUCUCAUAAUUAA